GGGGCGGCCGGCGGACUGCGGAGGUGCGGCGUAACCGGAGGCGGAGGGGGCGGAGCCGCGCUCGCAGCUGCCACCCGGCCGCGGGGCCCCGGCAGACGCCACCCGGCCGCGGCGGGCCCGCACGGCGCGCACACGCUCUGCAAACAAUGCUCCGGGGCGCCCCGCGGCGCGGCUGCAGGCUCGGCGACCGACGGCGGGACGCAGGGCGCGCGGCCCCGAGGAAUCCUUUCUGCAACCCGCUGCUGCCUGCCACCAGACGCCCCCAGAGAACCAAGUACAAGAUGAACCAGGACCCCAUCGGCUCAAGAUGCAGCAGGCCAUCCCACUGAACCCCGAGGGCCUGAAAAUGUCUGCGUGCAGUGAGUUUGUGGAGCACAUCUGGAAGCCCGGGUCCUGUAAGAACUGUUUCUGCCUGCGGAGUGACCACCAGCUGGCCCCUGGCCUGGCACCGCCUCCUCGCCUGGCCCCCAGGCCUGAGCUCUGCCGCCUGGAAGAUGAAGGCGUGAACUGCUCCCCCUACUCCAAGCCCACCAUUGCUGUGAAGCCCACCAUGAUGAGUUCCGAGGCCUCUGAUGUGUGGACAGAGGGGAACAUGAGCUCCGAUGUCUCGCAGGUCAUCUGGAGACGCACCCCCGGCAAGCACCAGCUCCCCAAGCCGCAAGAGGACGUACCCAUCGUAUAUCUGGGCAGCUUCCGGGGCGUGCAGAGGCCGCCCGGGUCCCCUACCUCCGCAGAUGGCCACACCCGCUGCCCCCCUGCCUACACCAUGGUGGGCCUGCACAGCUUGGAGGCGCGGGGGAGCCCCACCUUCCACCCCACGGGCUACCCGGCCGAGAAGGCUGGCCGGGACGAGAAGCCCACAGGCUCGCACCCAGAGCUGCCCCCGGCCCAGGACAGCUUCCGCCAGAAACUGGCCACCUUCGCCGGCCUGCCGUCCGUCUGCCCCCCGGGGCCGGGACCCUACCUUCCUGCACAGCCCCAGCCUGAGCCCCUGGCAUCGGAGGACGACAGUGACCAGAGGUGCUCCCCGUCCGGGGACAGCGAGGGCGGCGAGUAUUGCUCCAUCCUGGACUGUUGUCCCGGGAGCCCGGCCGGCCCGGACGCCCCCCCGGCCCAGGGGUCCCAGGCCAGCGCGGGCGCAGGGGACUGUCCGCCGGCCCGCUGGAAGCCGGCGCCCCCGGAGGAGGAUGCGGCGCGCUGGGGCGCGGGCCCCCCGGAGACGCCGCCCCGCCUGGGCUCGCGCAGGGCCCCGCUGACCAGUGAGGCGGCCACUUCUUCUGACGGGCGCUCCUGUGGGAGCCGCAGCAGCGGCAGCAGCAGCCCCUUUGCCCUGCACCUGGACAGCGAUUACUGCUCCCUCGUGAAGGAGCCGGCGGCUCCCGGGAUGCCCGCGCCUGGGGACGCGCUGGGGACCCCGAACAGGGGCCCGGGGCUGCCCGCGGAGCCCCCGCCCGCGCCGCCCGAACCCAUUUACGCCGAGAGCACCAAGCGGAAGAAGGCCGUUCCCGCGCUGGCCAGGCCCCAGGCCAAAGCCGAGCCGCCCGCCGCCCCCCAGGCCCAGACGCAGGGCCUGGUGCGGACCUCCAACGCCUGGACCCCCAAAGCUGCAGCGGGCUGGGGCCGGGAGCGGGAAGGUCCGGACCCCACGCCCCAGCUUGCGGCCACCAUCACAGUCAUGGCAGCGCACCCCGAGGAGGACCGCAGGACCAUCUACCUGAGCAGCCCCGACUCGGCCGUCGGGGUGCAGUGGCCCCGCGAGUCGGUGAGCCGGCGCACGGACGCCGGGGGUGCCGAGGACACCCCGGCCGGGCAGGCGCUGGACGCUGCCAGCGAGAAGGCGCACAAGGGGCGGCCUGCCAUCCCCCCGAAGCUGUCCAAGAGCAGCCCCGGGGGGUCCCCCGGGUCGCCCUCCGCCUUCCCUCCUUCCGACCUCACUGAAGGACACUCCGGGACUACUGGCCUUGGGCCCCAGCUUUCAUCCAGGGCCCCCACUGACCCCGCCGCUCCCUGCCGGCCCAACGGCUUUGCCACCCACGACACUGCCAAGGUGCCCCCACCCGCCCCCUCUUCCGCCGCCUCCUUUGACCAGAGGCGGCCGCGCUUCCAGACUGGGGCCUGGAGCCGCCAGUGCCGCAUCGAGGAAGAGGAGGAGGUGGACCAGGAUCUGUUGAGUCAAAGCAGGGGCAGACAGAAGGAAAACGCCCCGGACCAAGCAAACUCCUCGACCUGGCACCGCCUCCGGCCCCCGGACGGCACUGCUGAGCCCAACGGCAAGGUUGGGGUAGGAAUGAGCAAAUCGGCCUCUUUCGCCUUUGAGUUCCCCAAAGACAGAAGUGGGAUGGAGACGUUCUCACCGCCGCCGCCGCCUCCCAAGUCAAGGCACCUAUUAAAAAUGAACAAGAGCAGCUCUGAUUUAGAAAAAGUGAGCCAGGGCUCCACGGAAAGCCUCAGUCCGUCCUUCCGGGGUACCCACGUCAGCUUCACUGCCGGCUCCACGGACAGCCUGGCCUCCGACUCCAGGACCUGCAGCGAUGGAGGCCCCUCAUCUGAACCCACCCACUCGCCCACCCACAGCGGGAAGAAGCUGUUUGCUCCUGUUCCAUUCCCUUCGGGCUCCGCUGAGGAUGUGUCCCCUAGUGGCCCGCUGCAACCCCCUCCACUCCCCCAGAAAAAGUUAGUGAGUCGGGCUGCCUCUUCCCCUGAUGGCUUCUUCUGGACGCACGGGUCCCCCAAGCCCAGAACUGCGAGCCCCAAGCUGAACCUCAGCCACUCAGAAACCAAUGUCUGUGCCCCCGAGGAGCCCCCCUUCAGCUACACCUGCAGCCCCGGCAACUUCCAGCACCCUCUCUUCUCCUCGUCCGAGCCUCUGGAGAAAGCGUUCAAAGGGAAUGGCCACUGGGGCCGGGCCUCGGGGCCGGCAGGCAGUCCAUGCAGGGGGACCCCUUCGGCCGCGUCCUCGCAGCUGAGCGUGUCCAGCCAGGCGUCCUCCAGCAGCACGCAGCUCCAACUACACAGCCUCCUGAGCAGCAUUGGCAGCAAGGAGGGCACCUAUGCCAAGCUGGGGGCACUGUACGCCCAGUCUCUAGUGCGCCUCGGGGCCAGAUGCGAGGACCUGUUCCUGGGCGGCCAGAAGAAGGAACUGCACUUCGAUGAGAACACCUGGUCGCUCUUCAAACUGACCUGCAACAAGCCCUGCUGUGACUCCGGGGAUGCCAUCUACUACUGUGCCACCUGCUCCGAGGACCCCGGCAGCACCUACGCUGUGAAAAUCUGCAAAACCCCUGAGCCCAAGUCGGCCGCCUCCUGCAGCCCCUCUGUGCCCGUGCACUUCAACAUCCAGCAGGACUGUGGCCACUUUGUCGCCUCCGUGCCCUCCAGCAUGCUCACGUCUCCGGACGCGCCCAAGGACCCCCUGCCCGCCCCGCCCUCCCACCCCCCGGCCCAGGAGCAGGACUGCGUGGUGGUCAUCACGCGCGAAGUGCCCCACCAGACGGCCUCAGACUUCGUGCGGGACUCGGCUACCAGCCACCAGGCGGAACCCGAGGCAUACGAGCGGCGCGUGUGCUUCCUGCUGCUGCAGCUGUGCAACGGGCUGGAGCACCUGAAGGAGCACGGGGUCAUCCACCGGGACCUGUGCCUGGAGAACCUGCUGCUGGUGCACUGCACCCCGCCAGCCUCCCCCUGCCACGCCGCCCCCAGCCCCGCCGCCGCCCCUGCUCCCGCCCCUGCCACGGCCUCGCCCCCGCCCCCGGGCCCUGCCACCACUUCCCUGCCCACCUGCGGGGGCGCGCCCGGAGAGAAGCACUUGCCCCGGCUCAUCAUCAGCAACUUCCUGAAAGCCAAGCAGAAGCCGGGCAGCAUCCCCAACCUGCAGCAGAAGAAAAGCCAGGCCCGGAUGGCCCCCGAGAUCGUGUCCGCCUCGCAGUACCGCAAGUUCGACGAGUUCCAGACGGGCAUCCUCAUCUACGAGCUGCUGCACCAGCCCAACCCGUUCGAGGUGCGGGCGCAGCUGCGGGAGCAGGACUACCGGCAGGAGGACCUGCCGCCGCUGCCCAGCCUGUCCCUCUACUCGCCGGGCCUGCAGCGCCUGGCGCACCUGCUGCUGGAGGCCGACCCCAUCAAGCGCAUCCGCAUCGGCGAGGCCAAGCGCGUGCUGCAGUGCCUGCUCUGGGGGCCCCGGCGCGACCUGCUGGAGCAACCCGGUGGCUCAGAGGAGACGCUCCGUGCCACGCUGCACAACUGGAUCGACAUGAAGCGUGCCCUGAUGAUGAUGAAGUUUGCCGAGAGGGCGGUGGACCGCCGGCGCGGGCUGGAGCUGGAGGACUGGCUCUGCUGCCAGUACCUGGCGGCGGCUGAGCCCACCGCGCUCCUGCAGUCCCUGAAGCUCCUGCAGCUGCUGUAAGCCCCGCCCCGGCCCUGCACUUUAGCGCCUCGCCCUCACCCCCGCCCCCCUGCCCUGGCCUUGCCUCCGAAAAUCGGCUCCCUGGGAAAUGGUACAAAUGACUCUCAGACUUGGAUGUAAUAUAUAUACA